UUGUCGUAUGUUCCGUGGGCUUUAUCAACAAUCACACAUCUUCAGUCAAUUAGUUGAGUAAAUUCGCCAUUGGCUCAUGUGGAAGGAACACAAACACAGUUGAGACAAAGAUUAAAGUUGAUAUAAUUAAUCUUUUUCGAUGAGAAAGUUGUUUUUCUCCUUACUUAAACUUAGGGCAUAAGCAUGUAUCAAAAUAACAGAAACGUACCGGGAUCAUAUAGGUUAAGAAGCAACGAUAUUUAAAUAUUAUUAUCAAUUCGACGAGUCAUGGAUAAAAAUAAUCUGGCUUUGAUUUUGAUUCAACUAUAUUUAGGCUUGAUCGAGUCCCAGACUCCCUCGAACAUAACGUGCUACUCUCCUCGCCCGUUCAACCCAUCAUGUACAGACAAGUACGCUGCCUUGCCAGGCCACCUGAACUGCGAAGACCUCGGACAUCUCACGGGAGAGCCAAUACCACUUCCUGACAGCGAAAUGGAGGAUAUCGCAAAUCAGCAUAACCGUGUCCGUUCCAAUGUUACUCCUCGGGCGUCAAACAUGUUAGUCAUGCAUACCAAUGCGGGACUUGUGUCUGCUGCCAGACGAUGGGCGAGACGUUGUACGGCAGACAGCACGUGGUGCCAGCGUUCCACUCCAGGUGCGUUCAUUCCCGGACAGAACUCUUUGUUCAGCCCCACUGCAAUCACAUGGACGGACGUCAUAGCGGCGUGGGAGGCGGAGAAGACACAUUUCACGUACGGAGGGCCGGGGAAUGACGCGGCCUUGAUAGGCAAUUAUACACAGAUGAUCUCGGCCGAGACGGUUUCAAUAGGCUGUGGCGCUGCGGACUGUGGUGGACGAUACCUGUAUAUCUGCCUCUAUGUCCCACUAUUGGAUACAGCAAAGCUUGACCGGCCAUUCAAAGCAUCAAACAUCACAGGAGGCUGUGACGAUUGUGCAAGUCAUUCUAACACUACCAUUGGACUUUGUGAUUUCAACAAGCUUCUCUGUCUGGGAGGCUCGAGUCUCAACAUGACCUCCGGCACCUGUGACUGCAUCCAGACUGUUCCGCACGGCACCUACACAAGGACCAUAUGUGACCUGGUAUGCAUCGGGUCUAACGACACUGAUCCAGAGUGUUUAACGACACUUCGAGGCACGUGCGGCACGAAGCUAACCACGAUGUUCCGGUGUCCGUGGAUGUGCAACGUCUGUCCGUAUUCCGAUGCUAAAUGGAACGUCAGUGCGAUAUCCAGAAUGCCUUGGGAGAAGGGACUUCCGGUGUGCAACACUGCGUGGAACCAGCGUAACCUGGGCGUGUCAUCCAAGCAGCAUCAAUUCCUGUUGCUGACUUUCUUAGCAACGACGUGUGCGAUGAUUUUGUUCCAGUACAACAAUUACAAACAAACAGUCAAACUGCAUGUCAUAUUAGUAAAACUAUAUGUGGUUCAUGGAUUCAUUGUAAUUGAUUGGACUUAAUGCGCGUACUCGAUUUGUUAAUUAUAAUACUAGUGGCAUGUUAUUAAAGUGAUUGAAUUAUAA